AUGCCAAAUAUCAUUGGAAAAAAGGGAGAAAAUGCUGUCCCAAUAAGUGCAUAUUUAUAUCCACUUACCAAACUAGACAGUAAGGCUUCUAAACUUGUUAGAGAGAUCAGUGCUGUUCUUGUUAAUGAAACAGAAAAUUAUUUGGAGGAUCUGUAUAAACUGGAUGUGAAAUGCAAUGAUCUUCUGAGAUCACAAGCAGUUAAUAAAUUUCAUGGAAUUGAAGCAGAAAUUCAGGAAUUUAAAUCUUUAUUGGCUACUUACAAACUGGCAUUUCAGAAAGAGGUAGCAAAGAUUCUUCCAAGUAUCAGAGGUGGAAAUAAAGAGGAGAGUGAGUUAGCAAAUAUGUUGAAAAAAAGGGAUUUCUCUCCAUUUCGAAAUGAAGCUCUCAGCAGAUGGAUGGCAACAAAAGAAAGCCAAGUAAAAAUACUUUUGCAAUGCACGUCCUCUCUUCAGCAGAUUGAGUUUGUAUCAGAGCCAGGCGACUUACAGUCAAAGGUUAUGAGUCCUCAUCAUUCACAAGUUCUGUGUUUUUCAAUUUUGAUCCCUAAAUCUGAUUCACAUUUGAUAAACAUGUCAAAAUACACGAAAGAAGAGACUCUUGAUAGUGAUUUGGACUUCACAGCUGGAAAUGCUACAAUCCCACUUAACAUAAAAGAAAAUGAAAGUUCAAUGAUGGAAAAGGCAAGAUAUUUCACAGACUUCUUUGAUAAUAAAGAGAACACUGAUGUUAGCUUCCUUGUUGCAGAGGACGUUUCUGAUUCAAAUGAAUUCCAAGCUAAGACAAAGUACUAUAAUAAUGGUAGACUCCUCAAUGAAGACUUUGCAAUACCUUCUACCCCAAGGAAAGUAAAUGUAAACAAUAUUGCUACUACACAUGAGAGCAUUUUGGUUCAGUGGGAAAAACCCCUUCAUGGUGCAUCAAACAUCGACCAGUACAAGAUUGUCUGUGAAGACACUACUGGAAAUAAUCCACCCAUUAUUCAGCAUGCAGAUUCUAAUGUUGCAAGUCAUCACAUUCAGGGUCUCAGUCCUGGCUGUGAGUAUGGCGUUAGCAUUCAAAGUGUUUGCCAACUUGGAGUUAGUGUUAAGGGCCAAAUAAGGGGUGCUGUUAAAACAAGGCCAACUAGUCCACCUGGGAAACCUUAG